AAGGUUGCAAAGGCAAAGGCAAUUGCUUCUCUCAACUAUUCCCUACGAAACAGAACCAAUACACUGCGACUUUUCUUCCCAAGAGCUGAGCUGAGCUGAGCAGAGCAGAAAGAGCUGUCCGAGAACUUUCCUGAUUCGCCCGCACGACACCGCGGGUCACGUAGUCUCUUCAAUUCGACGCUUCUUCUCCUCCUCCUCCUCCUCCUUCCCCUGCAGUUUCUGUAGCGACCGAUUCAUGGCGGUGCUUCGCGACCUUGACUUUUGACUCGGUCAAGGUUCUGGAAACUCGUAUUUGGGUGAUUCUGAUACUGUCUUGCUCUACUUUGGGAGGGAAAAACAACACACUUGAACGUCCGAACAUAUAAUAGUGUAUGAUGGGAGAGCCAAGAGGAAGUUCUGAUGCAAUACCAUUAUUGGAAAGACUCGGGUUUGAUCAAUACUUUCCAGUUGGGAAAAGCCAUGGACCCUAUGGAACUUUGGGUGCUGUUCUUUUGGCAUUGUUCAUACCUGUUUUGCUUUCCUCGAUGUUCAUGGGUAAGAAGAAAACAAAACAAAGAGGUGUCCCAGUACAAGUUGGUGGUGAGCCGGGUUAUGCUGUACGGAAUAUGAGAUUCAGUGAGUUGAUUGAAGUGCCUUGGAAAGGUGCCACGACCAUGGCUUCACUAUUUGAGCAAUCCUGCAGAAAGCAUUCCCAGCAAAAAUUUCUUGGGACCAGAAAGCUUAUAAGUAAAGAAUUCGUCACUGCCAGUGAUGGUAGAAAGUUUGAGAAAUUGCAUUUGGGAGAUUAUAAUUGGAUCACUUAUGGGGAGACAUUUGAUCGUGCUUGCAAUUUCGCCUCCGGCCUUGUCAGAUUGGGCCAUAAUGUGGACAGUCGUGCUGCCAUUUUUUCAGAUUCUCAUGCAGAGUGGUUCAUUGCCUUGCAGGGUUGCUUCCGGCAGAAUGUUACUGUUGUUACCAUCUAUGCUUCUUUAGGAGAGGAUGCCCUUGUCCACUCCCUUAAUGAGACUCAAGUAUCAACCUUGAUUUGCGAGUCCAAGCAGCUGAAGAAGCUGGGCGCAAUACAAUCCAAACUAACGACAAUUCAGAAUGUUAUUUACUUUGAUGACAAUGAAACAGAUACUGAUUCUGGAUUAUCUGGAAUCUGGACUGUGAAAUCAUUCACUGAAGUAGAGAGACUCGGAAAGGAAAACCCGGUUCCCCCUAGCAUACCAUCUAAGAAUGGUAUUGCUGUUAUAAUGUACACAAGCGGCAGCACAGGUCUUCCAAAGGGAGUAAUGAUUACCCAUGGUAACAUGGUGGCAACUGCUGCUGGAGUUAUCACUGUGAUCCCAAAGCUGGACAGUAAUGACAUUUAUAUGGCAUAUUUGCCCCUUGCCCAUAUUUUUGAACUGGCGGCUGAGUCUGUGAUGCUAACUGUAGGCUGUGCCAUCGGAUAUGGAUCAGCUUUGACUUUAACAGAUACCUCUAGUAAAAUAAAAAAGGGUACUCAAGGAGAUGUCUCUGCUCUUAAGCCAUCUCUCCUGACUGCUGUUCCAGCUAUUCUGGAUCGAGUUAGAGAUGGAGUGCUGAAAAAGGUUAAAGAGAAGGGUAGUUUAGUUAAAAGCCUUUUUAACAUUGGAUAUAAGCGCCGAUUGGCCGCGGUAGAAGGAAGUUUCUUUGGCGCUUGGGGACUGGAAAAAAUGUUCUGGGACUGCAUUGUUUUCAAUAAAAUCCGCACUGUGCUAGGAGGAAAUAUCAGGUUUAUGCUAUGUGGUGGAGCCCCUUUAUCUGGAGAGACACAGCGAUUUAUCAACGUCUGCAUUGGGGCUCCUAUAGGGCAAGGUUAUGGAUUGACGGAAACAUGUGCUGGAGCUGCUUUUACUGAGUGGGACGACACUAGUGUGGGUCGUGUAGGGCCACCACUUCCAUGUAGCUACAUUAAGCUUGUUUCAUGGGAACAAGGUGGAUACACAGUAUCAGACAAGCCAAUGCCUCGUGGAGAAAUUGUUGUAGGGGGAUCCAGUGUAACCGCUGGUUACUUCAAUAAUGAUGCAAAAACUAAGGAGUUGUAUAAGGUCGAUGAGAGGGGCAUGUGCUGGUUUUACACAGGUGAUAUUGGGCAAUUCCAUCCCGAUGGUUGCCUUGAAAUUAUUGAUCGAAAGAAAGACAUUGUAAAACUCCAGCACGGAGAGUAUAUAUCUCUCGGAAAGGUCGAGGCCGCAUUAAUGUCAAGUGGUUAUGUUGAUAAUGUAAUGGUGCAUGCGGAUCCAUUCUACAACUAUUGCGUAGCUUUAGUUGUUCCUGUUCAUCAGAUGCUUGAGAAGUGGGCUCGUGAUGUUGGUGUCAAAUAUAACGAUUUUCCUGAGCUCUGCAACAAACCUGAAGCUGUGGCUGAGGUUCAGAAAUCCCUCUCCGAGGUUGCAAGAGCUGCGAAGCUCGACAAGUUUGAGGUCCCCGCAAAGAUAAGGCUGCUUCCCGAGCAGUGGACGCCUGAAUCAGGAUUGGUAACUGCUGCUCUUAAGCUCAAGAGAGAACAGAUUAAAGCCAAGUUCAAGGACGAGCUUCAGAAACUAUAUGAAUGAAUCAUGUGCCUGGGCAAAAGUGAGUUCUGUAUCGCUGCCUAAUUAUCCAACUAUUAAGUUACCUUAUCUACAGCGAUCGUAAAUAAGCUCCUGUCUGCUACAACAGAAUGGUAAUGUUAUGAUACAUUACACAGAAACUAGACGCUGCUUCCCUUGUGUACAUGUAUGAAGCAAUGUUGCAGGAUUUUGUUUUCAAUGUUUAUUGUUAGCUGUGUGCUUUUGAGGUUUGAAGGAUCUCUUUCAGUUUUGGGAUGAUGGAGUGAUAGACUUGGAAAGGCAAUUGCCAUACAAAAGGCGAGUUAUUAUGUCAAUUAAUUUCGAUCC